CUCCAAUGAGAAUCGGAGAAGCACCCACAUGAACAGGUCCGCGUAAAGCACCUCCGGCAGCAACUGCGAGGCCCCGAAUGGAUAUCGAGCCUUCACCCGUGCAUUCAAUCGCCGCAUUCCUUUGCUUUUUGCACACUCGUUUGCGCUCCGCUGCGCAGUAACAAGCGCCUAGAGCUCCACACCCAGGAGCAGCAUCCAUCCUCCACAACCCGCAGAUUUGCGAACAUGAAAUUCGGACACAAUCUGCCGCGGAAUCAGGUCCCCGAGUGGGCGUUAUCCUAUAUCGACUACAAAGGCCUCAAGAAGCUCGUCAAGACCGCCGCCGAGGCCGUCAAGAAUGGCGACGAGCCCGACCUUGCAGCCUUCUUCUUCUCCUUAGAUCGGAAUCUAGAAGACGUCGACGGCUUCUAUAACAAGAAGUAUGCCGAAUGCGCCCGACGGCUGAAGCUCCUCCACGGCCGCUAUGGCCAUGCUGCGCAAGUCCCCGAAGGCAUCGACAAGGACGAGGCGCAGGACCUCAUGGGCGCCCUGCUGGAGCUCCGCGGCCAGCUGCGGAAGCUUCAGUGGUAUGGCGAGGUCAACCGCCGGGGCUUCAUUAAGAUCACGAAGAAGCUGGACAAGAAGAUACCCGGCCAUCCGACACAGCAGCGCUACUUGGCCUCGAAGGUCAACCCCAGACCAUUUGCGCACAACAUGCCGCUGAACCAGGCUAUGAAGGCAGUCAACGAGUGGUUAUCGGGUCUUGGCGAUAUUAAGACUUUCGAUGACACCGGAUCUACGCACUCUGCAGCAUCCCUCGGCAGGGUGCCCGGUCGCGCGUUGAACCUCUCAACAGGAGUGCUGGAUGCUGUGGAUCAGGCCAUUCGCAACGACGAUGCGCAGACCCUUUCUCGGCUCGUUUCCGAGAUAUCAUCCAAGAACGACCCGACAAGCCCUUCGUUUCAGCAGACACUUCUGAACCUCCUGCAGCGAGCCAUCUCGUGUCGCGCCAAGGCCUGUAUAGACCGACUAUUACCGGACAUCGCUUCCCUAGAAGAGGAGGACGACAUCAACAAACGCAACUGCAUUCAUCGCUUGGUCAUCAACAUUGGCCGCUCAAAGAGUGGCGAAAAUCUCGGCGCUGAAGGCCCCUUAUUGCAGACUUCAAGUGAACCUAACUUCAUCGCGCCUGCAACCGCGCCAAACCGCCACCCUGCGCCAUGCACAACCACCGAAGAUGAGUCUAGUAAGCUGUUGAGCAAGAACGACGAGUCAGUUCGGCUCCUCACUUACCUCCUUGACCGGCUCCAACCCCGCCAACGGUCUUCGCUCCAAUCUCGUGAUACCUAUGGACGGCUGCCGCUUCAUUACGCCGCCCAGUACGGCUUUGUAGUCAUUUGCCAGGUUGUCAUCAAACAUAUGCAGGAUUGGGGCCAGUUCAAUGUCAGCCAGGGCAUCGAUUCGCCAUACUGGCAGGACGCGGAAGGUUAUGCACCUCUUCAUCUCGCCGUAAUGGGUGGUCAUCCACUUACCACGAAGGCACUGCUUCAAGCAGAGAACUGGCUGGGGGAGACCAGUGAGAAGCUCGCAUUCAGGAAGACAAUUUCCGAAUCCGGUGCAGCUCUCGCUCUUGCCACACAGUCGAACUUUGUCGCCAUUGUCAAGCUCCUAGUAGAAGCGGGCGUAGACGUGAACUACCAGAACGAACAAGGCGAAACGGCGCUGCACAUUGCAGCACGAUUCGGUCACGCCGAGUGCGCAAAAGCUUUGCUAGAAGGCUCAGUAUCGUACAAGACCCAAGUAGACGUUCCCGAGAGGACCUUUGCUUGGACACCCCUUUUCAUCGCCUGCGUGGACGGUCAUCUUCCCAUGGUCGAGCUUCUCGUCGCUGCAGGAGCGAAUCUAGAACGAUGCGACAACUCUGGCUGGACAGCGAAGGAGCACGCCGCGUUGCGAGGCCACAUGCAUAUAGUGGAAGAGCUCGCCGAGAUUGGGCCAACCCCCAAAUCACCUCCGGUAGAGGCACGGUUGCGGCCGGAUGGGUCUUCACUCGAAGAACGAAGAUCUAAGAACCUGAGCAGGGAGAACUCUUCCGUCUAUCAGAAACCGCCCGAGCCUGUCAAAUCGUUCGGUCACCGUUACCUGACCAAAGAGACCAUGAUCCUCGUCAGUCUUGGCUCGAUGGACACAAGGAAGAACAUUCCCGCUGUCAAACUUGAGGACAUCCCUCUGGCCGAUGCCCAUGCCACCCAGCUCGACACUGCUCUCUCAGUAGUCGUGUCUGCAACUGGCGCAACUGGUGACUCCAGUGUCGUCGAUCUACCCGUGCAAGAGAACAUAUGCACCGAGCCCUUCACCUUCAUGACCACCGAUGUUUCCAAGGUUAAACUACUAUUCGACAUCGUCCCCACUUACGCGGGAUCAACGGACCGCAUUGUUGGACGCGGCGUAGCAUUGCUAUCCACCAUCAAGACAAGCAUCGGCUCGAAUCGCAUUCCCUUGCAAGGCGAUGUCAAAGUUCCCAUUGUAGCGGCUACCACACUAGAGGUCAUUGGCUCUGUUAACUUCAACUUCCUCAUCAUCACUCCCUUCACUCACCCGAACAUGUCCAUCACCGAGCAGCACACUUAUUGGAAGAAGAUGACAUCGACAAUGGUCAUUGGCCACCGAGGGCUUGGAAAGAACACGGCUUCUCGAAACUCGCUGCAGCUUGGAGAGAACACCAUUCAGUCUUUCAUUGCUGCAGCCAACCUUGGCGCCUCGUACGUCGAGUUUGAUGUACAACUAACCAAGGAUCAUGUGCCAGUGAUAUAUCACGACUUCUUAGUCAGCGAAACGGGCAUUGAUGCUCCUGUUCAUACUUUGACCCUCGAACAAUUCCUCCACGUCAGCGAAGGCCAGACGCCUCGGCAGUCGAGGCCCGGUUCUCCUGAGGACAACAGAAUAACCGCUGAAGCUAAUACUGGCAAACUCUCUCGACGACCUCGCUCAUAUUCGGUGGAUAAUUCGAAACAAAAGAACAUCCACAGGAGUCACCAAGUGGAGCUUGCUGAACGAAUGAAGCAUACACGCGACUUCAAGAUAAAAGGAUACAAGGGCAAUAGUAGGGGAAACUUCAUUCAAGAGGAGUUCACGACGCUCGAGAAGAUGUUUAAGAAGUUGCCCGAAACCACGGGCUUCAACAUUGAGAUGAAAUACCCUAUGCUCCACGAAUCUGAAGAACACGAGAUGGACCAGUACGCUGUCGAGCUCAACUCCUUUGUGGACACAGUCCUUAAGAUGGUAUACGACUUCAUCGGGAAGCGUAGCAUCAUGUUUUCUUCCUUCAAUCCGGAUAUCUGCCUCAUGCUCUCGUUCAAGCAACCAUCGAUUCCCGUCUUCUUCCUCACCGAUGCUGGUACUUGCCCUGUUGGGGACGUCCGAGCGGCUAGUCUACAGGAAGCUAUUCGCUUCGCCAGCCGCUGGAAUCUGCUCGGCAUUGUAAGCGCAGCAGAACCUCUCGUCGCAUGCCCGAGGUUGGUAAGGGUCGUCAAAGAAAGUGGACUUGUUUGCGUGAGCUAUGGGACACUUAAUAAUGAGAUGAAGAAUGUCAUAUCGCAGAAGAACGAGGGUAUUGAUGCUCUCAUCGUUGAUAACGUCCUCGCAGUCCGGCAGGGCCUGACCGCUCCUGAGGAAGACGCUACGUCCACCCAAGGUUCCACCGCAAGCGGAGUCAGCGCAGCUACGAACAGCUUGACACUUUCCACGGACCCUUCCACUGCGCCUAGUAGCGGAGUAAGUGCAACAUCAUCGGAUGUCGCUGAGCAAGAAAUGGUAGACACAGUCAACGGUGUUCCUAUCUACGCAUAUGCCGGCAACUCCACGGGGGCUGUGUUUAGUUAGCCGGGAAGCUGUUCGAUGCAGUUGUCAGCCUCAUUCGCGCGUCAAUUUCUUUCCUUAUUUGCAUAAGGAUGGUCGGUCAUCUAGUGAUUGGAUCUUGCUAGGGACACACACCCUCAACUC